AUGUCAGAAGUUUCGAAAUGGCCAGCUAUCAACCCAUUCCAUUGGGGAUACAAUGGUACUGUUUCGCAUGUUGUCGGUGAAAAUGGUUCCAUGAAACUAGGUUUAAAAGAUAACAAGGAACAGAUUGAAUUUGAUCAGUUCGUUAACAAAUAUGUUCCAAGUUUGAAGAAUGGUGCUCACUUCAAAUUGAGUCCUUACUUGUUCACAGGUAUUUUACAAACGUUGUACUUAAACGCUGCAGACUUCUCGAAGAAAUUUCCUGUAUUUUAUGGCAGAGAAAUUAUCAAAUUCUCCGAUAAUGGAGUUUGCACCGCUGAUUGGGUUAUGAGCUCCUGGAAGAGGGAUUACAAACUCAAUCAAAGUACCAUGAGCUUUGAUAAAAGCAAAUUCGACGGAGACGAAAAAGCGACGCAUCCAGAAGGAUGGCCUCGUUUACAACCACGUACAAGAUAUUUGAAGGAUAAUGAGUUAAAGGAGCUCAGAGAAAUUGAGCUCCCCUUAGUAGUCAUUUUGCAUGGACUUGCCGGUGGCAGUCAUGAACCGAUCAUAAGAUCUCUUGCUGAAAACCUGUCUCGCAGCGGGAAAUUUCAAGUGGUGGUGCUAAAUACCAGAGGUUGUGCACGCUCCAAAAUUACAACCAGGAACUUAUUCACGGCUUACCACACAAUGGAUAUCCGUGAAUUUUUGCAAAGAGAAAAUCAAAGACAUCCAAACAGAAAGUUAUACGCUGUAGGAUGUUCUUUUGGUGCCACCAUGUUGGGGAAUUAUCUCGGUGAAGAAGGUGAUAAAUCACCUUUAUCUGCAGCUGCUACCUUAUGCAAUCCUUGGGACCUUCUCCUUUCAGCGCUUAGAAUGACCGAGGAUUGGUGGUCAAAAACUUUAUUUUCCAAAAAUAUUGCACAGUUUUUAACAAGAACCGUUCAAGUUAACAUGGGUGAACUAGGAGUCCCAAACGGCUCUCAUCCCGACCAUCCUCCUACAGUAAAAAAUCCAUCCUACUAUAUGUUCACCCCUGAAAAUUUAAUAAAGGCAAAACACUUCAAAUCGAGUCUGGAAUUCGAUGAAUUGUAUACUGCACCUGCUUUAGGCUUUCCAAAUGCAAUGGAGUAUUAUAAAGCAGCUAGCUCAAUAAACAGAGUUGCUACAAUUAAGGUUCCUACUUUAGUUAUCAAUUCUAGAGAUGAUCCUGUUGUCGGCCCAGAUCAGCCUUAUUCAAUUGUAGAAAAAAACCCUCGUAUUUUGUAUUGCGGAACCGAUUUAGGGGGCCAUUUAGCCUACCUAGAUAAUGACAAUAACUCGUGGGCAACUAAGGCGAUUGCAGAAUUCUUUACUAAAUUUGAUCAACUGGUUGUAUGA